CCCCAACUUUUGUGUUGUUAUUUAUACGGCGUAAUAUGGCCGCCACAAGUACCAUAAAUUGUUUAUUAAUUGUUUUAUUAAUACAAAUCUGCACAGGUGAAGUGAUCCAAAGGCCUCAGCUGAAAGAAGACGCCGAGGAUGAAGACGACGAAAUCAGCAAUGAGCACAGUGCUCUACCUAAAAACCUGGAGACUUUUCAAAUCCAUCAAAAUCAGAUAACAAACGACAAUGUAAAGCGUUACAAAUGCCACUUAUGUGACCCUCCGAAUUGUUCCAAUCCAACGGUGUGUUUUGAUGCUAUCCAGUGCUGGAAAUCGCGAGUGCGAGAAACGUCUGGACUAGAGACUGUGACUAGAGGUUGUACAAAAGAAACAGACCAACUGCCGUUCUUAUGCCGUACUCCGUCCUUCAGUGGGCAACAGAAGCGACAAGCCAGUGGCCAGUUUCAAGUUGAUUGCUGCACUGGCGAUUUUUGCAACAAGGGGGAUUUCCCAGAAUUGCCUAUUUUGUAUACCAAGAAUAUGACGAUGCAUUCUGAUUCAGUUGAUUAUGCGCUGAAGAUGACGGCGGCGAUUCUGGGGCCGGUUGUGGUUAUUGGAACGCUAGGUGCCAUCGUUCUUUACCUAAUGCGACGCAUCCAUCAGCGAAGACUAUGUCACGAAAGCCGUUUGGACCCUGAUACGUAUUACGCUUCUGAUGAUUUACUUAGAGCGACAGCUGCAGGUGACAGCACUUUACGCGAAUAUCUCGAAAAUUCUUUAACAUCGGGGAGCGGUUCUGGUCUUCCUCUCCUGAUCCAAAGAACAAUGGCAAAACAAAUCUCCCUCGCUGAAUGUAUCGGAAAAGGUCGUUACGGCGAGGUCUGGCGAGGUAUUUGGUUCGGCGAAAACGUAGCCGUGAAAAUAUUUUUCUCACGAGAUGAAGCAAGUUGGAAUCGGGAAACAGAAAUAUACAGUACAAUUUUGUUACGUCACGAAAAUAUUUUGGGGUACAUCGGGUCGGAUAUGACGUCUCGUAAUUCAUGUACUCAGCUAUGGUUGAUCACACAUUACCACCCAUUGGGCAGUCUUUACGACCAUCUAAAUCGCACCACACUCACCCAUCAACAGUUGCUCCGUUUAUGCCUGUCCAUCGCUAAUGGGUUGGUACACCUGCACACGGAGAUAUUCGGGACUGAAGGAAAGCCAGCCAUAGCUCACCGUGAUAUUAAAAGCAAAAAUAUUUUAGUCAAAAAUAACGGGACUUGUUGUAUAGCCGAUUUUGGUCUUGCGGUGACUCAUCAACAAGCCACUGAUCAAUUAGAUAUUGGUUCGAACCCUAAGGUUGGAACGAAAAGAUACAUGGCUCCCGAGGUUUUAGACGAAACGAUACGAAUGGACUACUUUGAUUCGUUUCGUCGAGCCGAUAUUUAUGCUCUAGGGCUCGUCCUUUGGGAAUUAUGCCGAAGGACGGUCAGUAAUGGGAUUGCGGAGGAUUAUAAGCCGCCAUUUUAUGACGUUGUGCCCAAUGAUCCCAGUUUUGAAGAUAUGAGGAAGGUUGUGUGUGUGGAUCAGCAACGUCCGAGUUUACUUAACAGAUGGGCUAGUGAUCCGAUACUGAGUGUUAUGGCAAAAUUAAUGCGAGAAUGUUGGCAUCACAACCCCAACGUGCGAUUACCAGCGUUGAGAAUAAAGAAAACAAUAUUAAAAUUAUGUAGCGGUGAUAAUUUAAUUAAUUUGGAUGAUAGUAUGGAAGUUUGUGUGUGACAAUCUGAAAAGCAUCUGUUUUAAUGUUAUUUUAUAGUCAAGGGCUAGUUUUUAAAUCCGUGGCGAUUUUAAAUUAUUAUUGUUGAACAUUUUAUCAUAGGAUAUUAUUAUAGGACUAAUUUUUCUUUAAUUCUUUCUUAUUUAAGUAUUAUAAUUCAAGUGCCAAAUUUAUUUUGUGGGGAAGUUGUGGGAGGACAACAGUAUUAUGAUUUAAGGUUUUUAUGGUACCCAAAGUUUUGUGUUAUUGACACUAAAAAUUUGAAAAAGGGUGGAACAACAAUUUUCGUGCCAUUUAUUGUUCUUAUUUUGGUUUUAGUUUCUUGAUUUUUGACACCUAUGGUGACAUUUUUUACAUGCUCAAUUUAACAUAAAAAUUCUUUUUAUUAAUUUUCUCAAAUGUUGCUGUAGGUGUUGAUUUGGUAUGGAAAUCGUAUAUUGUUGUAAAUAUUUCAAAUGUUUAUAUCUUGACGUCAUAUCUGUUUAUUAAGAAACUGCUAGAAUUAGAAUUUUAUAUUUUACUAAUUCUAUCAGUUUUUAGUGUUAUUUUUUAAUAAAUUCUAGUAACAGAUUCAUAUCAAUUUAUUUAUCAAUUUAUUAAAAAUAUCCGAGAGCUCAUUCAAAUCAUAAUCAAUUUUUUUAUUACAUUUGUAUGUUAAGUUGUCAUCAUUAGUAUUUAUUGUUCGUUUUAUUCAUUUGUAUAUACACUCAUGGAUGUUUCUGUAUUCAAGAAUAACAUAAGCAAUACAUUUAGUUUUUAUUUGCA